AUGUCAGUGGCGAUUUUGCUGGGUUGUAGCUGCUCAGAGCUAACACUUCUUCUCCAGGUUGGGUGGGUGGGAACGGCGGUUCUGAUGGCGAAGUGCCAACUUGGGUUGGGAGUGCUGUCUCUUCCGGCAGCUUUUGACACGCUGGGCAUGGUUCCCGGUGUUCUCUGCAUGCUAUCAGUGGCAUUCGUCGUGACGUGGGGGAGUUAUGUCAUUGGUGGCUUUAAGCUCAAUCAUCGUGAAAUAUAUGGCAUCGACGACGCAACAGGGGUCAUGUUUGGAUUUUGGGGUCGCGAGCUGAUCGCUAUCUGCUUCAUUCUCUUCUUGAUAUUUUGUGCCGGAUCAGGACUUUUGAGCAUCUCAAUUGGCCUCAAUGCUGUCUCAAGCCACGGAGCUUGCACUGCAAUUUUUGUCGCGGUUGCAUGUGUUGCUGUAAUGCUACUUGGUAGCAUCCGAACGCUCAGUCGGCUGAGGAUUCUUGCAUGGAUUGGAUUGGUUUCCAUUCUUAGCUCUAUCCUGAUUGUGACCAUCGCCGUGGGCGUAGAGGAAAAACCCGCUUCCGCGCCCCCAGGCAAAUGGACCUCGGAUUACAAAAUUAUCGGCAACCCAACCUUCGUUGAGGGGGUCACCGCAGUUUCCACUUUCAUAUUUGCCUACGCGGGUACGCCAUUCUAUUUUCCCAUUGUUGCCGAGAUGCGCGAUCCACGAGACUAUCCCAAGUCACUGGUCCUCUGUCAAUCCUUGGUCACUGUUACCUAUCUUGUGAUCGGGAUUGUCAUGUACUACUACUCUGGCUCUUAUAUUGCAUCCCCCGCGCUAGGAUCUGCUGGCAAGCUCUUAAAACAAAUCAGUUAUGGGAUUGCGCUUCCAGGAUUGAUAGUCAGCUCUACGAUGAGCACUCAUCUUGCAAGCAAACAUAUCUUCCUUCGAAUCCUGCGAGGAUCCAGACAUGUUACAGCAGACACAAUGACCCAUUGGGUGACAUGGCUCGGUAGCGUCUUUACCGUCUCCAUCGUCGCUUACUGCAUCGCCAGUGGUAUUCCUGUCUUUGACAAUCUUGUCUCGCUCAUCGGGGCAUUUCUAGGCACACUGAUGUGUUUCCAGCCCUUGGGAUGCAUGUGGCUCUAUGAUAACUGGGCAAAGGGAAAGACGCAGCGCACGGCUCGAUGGGUCUUGAUGGUAUGUUGGAGCGCUUUCGUGGUUUUGGUCGGAAUGUUCUUGAUGGUUGCUGGCACCUAUGGAGCGGUGAUUGGAAUCAUUGACUCGUAUCACGCAGAAGGCGGCUCGAGCGCUUGGUCCUGUGCCGACAACUCCAAUUCUUCGUGA